AUGCAGCUUUUUAUCAAAACAUUGACUGGAAAAACCGUUACCUUAGAGGUAGAAUCGAGCGAUACCACAGAUCUAGUUAAAAUUAAAAUUCAAGAUAAAGAAAAUAUCAUCUCAGACCAUCAAAGACUCUUUUUUGCUGGAAGAGAAUUGGAAAAUGGUCGCACCUUAUCCGAUUAUAACAUUCAAAAAGAAUACACACUCCACCUUGCGCUUAGAUUACGUGGUGGAAUGUUUCAAGAAACCAGUGGUCGUCGAGAUUUCAAUGAAUUACCAUCACUUACUCAACCUGAACUUACCUCUCCAAAACUUCCAACUACAAAAGAGAAAUUAUUAGCCCUGUUACGUGAGGAGGAACGGAGAAGAUUAUCACCUGAAAUACAAAAACAAUACCAUAAGGUUGGAACCGAUCCUACAUGCGGCAAAGACUGGAUGGAUGUCACUGACCAGAUGCAACAUGAUUUGGUUAGAGAAUUUGGUUAUUCGGAUGAGGCGGUGCAAAUAUUGCGACGUGCUCCACAGCUUUAUCCAGACGAUCCCAAAUUUCGAACUACACAAUUAUAUGUUCGUAAUAACAUUGCUCGUCUUGGAGAUCUUACAGAAGGAAUGUCAGCACCUGAUUGCCCAUUAAUUCUCUUAGAAUCUUCUCGAGACAAGAUAGGUUAUAAUCGCACAAUUUCUUUGCGAUCACUUUGUCAACCAAGACGUCCUCUCGUUCUUCUUGGUGGUUCAUAUACUUGUCCUUUAUUCCGAUGCAUAUCUCAUGUGCUCAAUGAUGUAUUUAAGCGAUAUCGAACCAAAGUAGAUUUUUAUAUGAUUCAAAUUCGGGAAGCACAUGCCAGUGAUGUUUGGCCUAUUGGUAAUGUCGUAUCUGUAAAAGAGCAUCUCACAAUAGAAGAUCGCUUAACCGCUGCUCAUGAAAUGGUCACAGCAACCCAAUUGGAAAUUCCUGUGUUGGUAGAUACGAUGGAUAAUAAUUUCUUAAACUUAUAUGCUCCAUGGCCAUUCCGUUUUUUUGUUGUUGUUGAUGGCAUUUUAAAACUUGUUGGGAUGCCCAAAGAAGCACAUUACGACACAACAGAUCUGGUUAAUCCAUAA